AAUGGCGCGGCCGCGUUUCCUCCACCCACCCUAGCCGAAUUCACCCUCUCCUCAGCCGGCGGGAACGAUUUCUACGACGUGAGCCUCGUGGAUGGAUAUAAUCUUCCUGUUGUUGUAGCGAAUAGCGGCGGGGUGGGGGGCUGCGAGAUCACUGGAUGUGCUGUGGAUCUGAAUCCAUUGUGUCCGCUGGAGCUGAGGGUGGGGGAAGGAGAAGCAUGUCGCAGCGCUUGUGAGGCGUUUGGGCAGCCGGAAUACUGUUGUAGUGGUGAGUUUGGGAGCCCGGACGCUUGCCGUCCGACCGUUUACUCGGAGAUGUUCAAGUCGGCUUGUCCGAGGGCUUAUAGCUACGCUUAUGAUGACGCAACUUCUACCUUCACCUGUGCCGGAGGGGAUUACUCCAUUACUUUCUGCCCUGAAACAACGCAGAGGUAGGUGCCGCCGCAGACAAGUAAAACACAGUAGAAUAGGGAUUGAUUAAAAGUUUGAUUUGUUGAUUCUAGAUCUAGUUAGGGCUGAUAAGAAAACGCCAAAAUUGAAAAUCUGGAUCUGAAGUUUUGGUUGGAUCACCAUUUUUUAUUUUGUGUAGAGUAGAAGGAGCUCAGAGU